AUGGCCAGCGUCAGCAGUCUCGACCAGGAUAUGCGCCGUCUGCGCAUGCAGAAGGCGAAGGACCCCGCCGCCGUCAAUGAGACGACCAAAUGGAUUGAAGACACCCUGGGCCAGAAACUGCCGCCGGGCGACCUCAUGGACGCUCUGAAAGACGGCACCGUCCUCUGCCAACUUGCCAGCCUCGCGCUGCCGCCGCCGGGCAUCAAGUUCAAGAAGUCCGCGAUGCCGUUCAUGCAGAUGGAGAACAUUUCGCACUUCCUCAAAGCCUGCGAGAAGGAGCCCAUCUCGCUGGCCGCCCACGACCGCUUCCUCACCGUCGACCUGUUCGAGAAGAAGGACCCGGCGCAAGUCCUACAAUGCUUGGGAGCGUUCAGCCGUGUUGCGCACGCCCUCGACCCAGCUAAGUUCCCCACGUGCAUCGGCCCCAAGAAGGCCAACGGCAGCCUGUCGCCGGGUCUUCCUGGUCGCGACAGGGGGCUGAGCAACGCCAGCACUGGGAGCGGAUCCAACAGGCCCCCACCUCUGAGAGCCCUGAGCCCCUCGGGGACCGGCGGUUCCAACUCGUCGAGUGGCACCAAGUCGCCCGGCCCAGUCAGCAGCUGGAGUAAGAGGAACGACGAGGGCGUGACCUCGCCAGCAUGGAACAUUGCACAAUACGGUUACAUGGGUGGCGCGAACGCAGGCAACCAAGGUGUAGUUUACGGCGCGAGAAGGCAGAUCACUACGGCAGCGCCUCACGUCCCCAGUUUUGCGGAAAAGGAGCGCAAGCGCAAAGAGCAGGAAGCAGAGGCCGAGCGCAAGCGCAUCCAGGCGGAAGAGGCGGAUGCGAAACGGAAGGCAGAGGAACGCCAGGUCCAGGCCGAAGAGGAGCGUCGGUGGGAAGCAGAGACUCGCAAGCAACGAGAGCAGGAGAAGCUGAAGGUCGAACAACAAAAACGUGAGUGGGAGGAGCAGGAGCGUAAGUGGAAGGCCGACGAAGAGGCCAGGCUACGCGCAGAACGAGAGGCUGAAGAGCAACUGGAAAAGGAGACACAGCACACCAGGGCUACCAGCGACGCUAGGCUCCGAGGCCAGUUCCUAAGCCAGUACCAAGCCGAACAAAGUUUUAAGCCCCGUAGCCGACAAGUCAGCCGCAACGAUCCGGAACUCGAGGCCGAACGACAGCGCGUCGCCGAACUCGAGAGACAGCUGGCCGAAGCCAAGGAACGGGAACGUCAAUAUCAGCGCGAGCGUGAGGAACGCAUCCACGGAUCUCGUCCCGGUUCGGCACGUCCUCCUUCUCCCCCUGAAAGUAAUGUGUCAUGGGCAGGCGACGAGCGCGAAUACCUCCGUCAACAGUGGGAUGAACAUAACCGUACAGCUCCAGCUCUCCCCGCGCGUCCGCUCCCGGAUCCCGCCACCGUCUCUCCUCCGCCCACCUCGCCCCGGCCUCUCCCUAACCCUGCAGAUUACGUCUCCGCCAAGAAGUCGCCCGUCUCGCCGCCGACUCCGUCAUCAAAUCGCACCGACCGGUUCCUCGCGUCCAACCCCGCUCCUCUCUCGCCGCCUCCAAGGAAGCACACGGCCGCCUCCGAGAUCGGCUUCAGCUCCGCUGCAGAGCGUGCCGCCGAGGAUGACCGCCGUGCCGCAUCCCAGCAGAAAACCAGGGCCGGCGGCUGGGCCAGCAAGUCGCUCUUGGAGCGCGAGAUGGAGCGGGAGCGCCAGCGGCAGAAGGAAUGGGAGGAGGGCCAAAAGCACUUGAAGGAGACGCCGCGCGACGAGACGGCCGGCAGCAAGCCCGGCCAGAGCUGGGAUGUCAACCAAUACGGCUUCACCGGCGGCGAUAACCAGAACAGGGUGGGAAGUGGCAUCGGGUUCGGUGGACGGCGGCAGAUCAUCGGGCCGCGUCCGAGGCCUUAA